GGGGCGGGGUCACAUUGAGCAAAUUCCAGGAAGAAUGUCUGAGGCAUUUAGAUAAUAGGAUAACAUUUUGAUUCCACAACACCGCCUGCACAGUGUCAGGUCUAAACGUGCACAACUUGUCGAGAUGGCUGACAACAGAGAUAAAGCUACCGAUCAAAUGAAGAUAUGGAAGGAGAAUAGAGGGUCUCAGAGGUCAGACACACUGACCACAGGGGCUGGCCAUCCCAUUGGAGACAAGCUGAACCUGCAGACUGCAGGACCGAGGGGCCCUCUGCUCGUCCAAGAUGUGGUCUUCAGUGAUGAAAUGGCGCACUUUGACCGCGAACGAAUCCCAGAGAGAGUGGUGCACGCCAAAGGUGCAGGGGCAUUUGGCUACUUUGAGGUGACUCAUGACAUCACCCACUACUGUAAAGCUAAAGUCUUUGAGCACAUUGGGAAGACUACACCUAUCGCUGUCCGCUUCUCCACUGUGGCUGGGGAGUCAGGAUCAGCAGACACUGUGCGAGAUCCUCGAGGAUUUGCAUUGAAGUUUUACACUGAGGAUGGCAACUGGGACCUGACAGGCAACAACACCCCCAUCUUCUUCAUCAGGGACGCCAUGCUGUUCCCAUCCUUCAUCCACACCCAGAAGCGUAAUCCCCAAACACACUUGAAAGACCCCGACAUGGUGUGGGACUUCUGGAGCCUGAGGCCCGAGAGUCUGCAUCAGGUGUCUUUUCUGUUCAGCGAUCGGGGUCUGCCUAAUGGCCACCGUCACAUGAACGGCUACGGCUCUCACACCUUCAAACUCGUCAAUGCUGACGGAGAGUGUGUCUACUGCAAGUUCCAUUACAAGACUGAUCAAGGGAUAAAGAAUCUGACAGUGGAGGAGGCAGAACACCUGGCUUCCACCAACCCAGAUUAUGCUAUUGGAGACCUGUUCAACGCCAUUGCCAAUGGGAACUAUCCAUCCUGGACCUUCUACAUCCAGGUCAUGACGUUUGAGCAGGCUGAGAAGUUCCCAUUCAACCCCUUUGAUCUUACCAAGGUUUGGCCCCAUAAAGAUUACCCUUUGAUUCCCGUGGGCAAAUUGGUUCUCAACAGGAACCCAGUAAACUACUUUGCAGAGGUGGAGCAGCUGGCCUUUGACCCCAGCAACAUGCCCCCAGGCAUCGAGCCGAGUCCAGACAAGAUGCUGCAGGGUCGUCUCUUCUCCUACCCAGACACCCAUCGACACCGGCUGGGAGCCAACUACCUGCAGAUCCCUGUCAACUGCCCAUACAGGGCCCGUGUGGCCAACUACCAGCGUGACGGUCCGAUGUGCGUAUUUGAUAAUCAAGGUGGAGCUCCAAACUACUACCCCAACAGCUUCAGCGCACCAGAGAACCAGCCUCAGUUUUUGGAGUCCAAGUCUAAGGCAUCUCCAGAUGUGGCCCGUUAUAACAGCACAGAUGAAGACAAUGUCACGCAGGUUCGUACCUUCUACACCCAGGUGCUGAACGAAGAGGAGCGCCAGAGACUUUGCCAGAACAUGGCUGGAUCCCUGAAGGGAGCCCAGCUCUUCAUCCAGAAACGCAUGGUUGAGAACCUGAAUGCUGUCCAUCCAGACUACGGAAACAAGGUUCAGACCCUUCUCAACAAGUACAAUGCAGAGGCCAAGAAGAACACAACUGUGCAUGUUUACAGCCGUUCAGGAGCCUCUGCCAUUGCUGCAUCCUCCAAGAUGUGAUGCCUUAAACUUCCAUCUCUGAGAACAAAUGCACUUAAAGUGCCCAUGGCAUGCUCAUUUCCAGCAAUUUAUUGUUUAAUUGUGAGUACCUCAAGAUUAGCUUUGCAUCCAUCAUAACGCCAAAUAGUGUAAUUAUUUCAGAACAAUAAAGUCUCUUCCUAAAUAUGAGAGGAUAGUUUGUGAAUGCACACAGCUCCUGUUGCUGGCGUUGUUGAAAUCUGUUCCCCCAAACAUUAUAACCGCAACCAACUAGGGGGGCACUACAUGAAACAGAGUUUGGGGGGGGGGGGGGAAGCAAACACUGACAAAUGAGCUAUAUUUUCAACAAUGACAAUACCUAAAAUACUACAUGACAUAGUCAAGCCAGAAUAGGAAAGUGGACAGCACAACGAACCACAACAGCAUUAAUUAAUAUGAAUAUCUCCUCCAUAGAUAAGUAAACAACGGCCGAAUCAUUUUAUGUGGCCCUCAAAAGCUUAAAAUGCGUAUGGUUGUCUUAAAAUAAAAGUCUAUACCAAUUAAAAAUGUACACUGACCAUAAACUACAUCACCCACAAUGCAUGUUGAUUUUGGGAGCCGCGAAGUAUUGGCAUCCCACCACUGGACGGCAGUGUUUAGCCUUCCACAUUUAACCAGCAACUUCCCGACAAGGGGAAAUGAGAAAUACCAACAAUUAAUCCCAAAAUGUCCAAGAAGAGAAAGGUUGAUGCAGAAGGAAGGCAGUUUAACGAAAGGUGGGAAAGUGAAUAUAUGUUUCUGCUUCAAGGACAAAACCCGUGUGUUUCGUGUGUCAUGAGGCGUUGGUGGUGUACUACAACAUGCGUUGGCAUUUUGAGACCAAACACGGAGCUAAGUAUGCUAAUUUAGCCUUCAAGAAAAACAACAAUUUGUCAAUUAAAAGACAGACUGCAGUUGCAGCAGGAAAUAUGCAAAAAAGCUACAGCAAACAUUAUGCUGGCUUGUUGUUAUUGUUGAGGAAAAAAUAUGUUGAAUUGAAAUUGUCUAAUUUAUUUUAUUGAGGAAAAAGUUGUUGCCGUCUGUUAAAGUUCAUAUUUCUGGUUAAAUCAUUGUCAGUUUGACAAUGAA